AACUACCCACUUCAUCUCAUCCACAACCAAACACCAUAUAAGAAGUAUAAGAAAUAAAAGAUAAAGAUAAAAUAAAGACAAAGGGAACUCAACAAGGCAAGAAAAAUGAAGAGGAUACCUCUAAUCAAAUUUCCUAAUAGACACCCUAAAUCUUCACUUUCAUCUUCUUCUUCUGGUACCCAGUCCCAAACUUCGACGAUAACUACAAACAGUCGCAAACUCACAACAUCGAAAUCUGAUGUUCCUGCAUCACCGAGCUCCUUAGGAGUUGGCGGUAAAGCUUCACUUCAGCCUAAACGCACUCUGGUUUCAGAUAAAGAGAUGGAAGCAAUCUUGUUGGGUGGCUGCAUCUAAAUACAAAAUCAGUUUGAAUAGUUUGUAAAAAAAAUAAUGGUUUCUAAGAUUUGAAAAUUAGGCAAUCAUCUGAAGAACUGUAUAAUCUGAUGUAAUGAAUAUUGCUGUUUAUGAAAUUGUAAACUACAUUUUGAUGGUUUUAGUGUGGAAUUCUUCUUUUGGGUCA